CCUCCCGCCCUGCUGGUUGGGCGCUCCCAAGCCUGGAAUGUGUCUCCUUUGUACAGUGGGUCCUAGUUAGUUAGGAAGUGUAAUUGGGGUCUGCUGUCCCACCAAUGACCGGCAUCCUCAGUACAAUACCCGUGAUGGUGUGGUUAGAGUGCCCACAAUCUGCUGGGACAGGAACGUCAGAUUUGCAGAUGGAAAACUGAAACCAACAAAUCACACGAAGAACUGGCAGAGUCACUCCAAUCGUCAAGGCCUGAAUAUAAUUGGCUUUUGAACUUUGAAGGAGAGAUGUUAGUGCAUGGGAAAAGAUUUCAAAUAUCAGUGUGACUGGAAAAGCAGCGACUGAGAGUGUUCCAGUCAACUGACUGUGGAAAGAGCUUCAACCAGUUACACAGACUGAAAAGGAAUCGCAACCCUCACAGUGUGGGGGUAACCGUACAUGUGUUCUGUGGAUGAGGCUUCAACUGAUUUGUCCAACCUGGAGAGACACAAGGACACUCGCAGCACAGAGAAACGCUUUAAGUGUGGGGACUGCGGGAAGGGAUUCAAUUACCCCUCCCUGCUGGAAAAUCAUCGACGCACUCACACUGGGGAGAAACCGUGGAAAUGUGGGGACUGCGGGAAGGGAUUCAAUUACCCCUUCCUGCUGGAAAAUCAUCAACGCACUCACACUGGAGAUAAACCGUGGAAAUGUGAGGACUGCGGGAAGGGGUUCAAUUACCCAUCGCAGCUAGAAACGCAUCGUCGCAGUCACACCGGUGAGAGGCCGUUCACCUGCCCUGAGUGUUGGAAGGGAUUCAGUGAUUUGUGUACCUUGGAGACCCACCAGCGGGUCCACACCGGGGAGAGGCCGUUCUCCUGCACUGAGUGUGGGAAACGAUUCAGUGACUCGUCCACCCUACGAAGGCACCGGCGGGUUCACACCGGGGAGAGGCCGUUCACCUGCUCCGAGUGCGGGAAGGGGUUCACUCAGUCGUCCAACCUGAUAACGCACCAGCGACAUCACACUGGAGAAAGACCAUUCACCUGCUCCGUGUGCGGGAAAGGAUUCACUCAGUUCUCCAACCUGCUGACACACCGGCGCGUCCACACUGGGGCGAGGCCGUUCAGCUGUUCUGAGUGUGGGAAGGGAUUCGCUCAGUUGUCCAGUCUGCUGACGCACCGGCGCAUUCACACCGGGGAGAGGCCGUUCACCUGCUCUAUCUGUGGCAAUGGCUUCAGCGAUUCCUCCACACUGCGGAAGCACCAGCGAGUCCACACCGGGGAGAGGCCGUUCACCUGCCCCGAGUGUGGGAAGGGAUUCACUCAGUUGUCCAACCUGCUGACCCACCAGCGAGUCCACACCGGGGAGAGGCCGUUCACCUGUCCUGAGUGCGGGAAGGGAUUCACUAAGUUAUUCAGCCUGCUGACGCACCGGCGCAUCCACACCGGGGAGAGGCCGUUCACCUGCUCCGUGUGCGGGAAGGGAUUCAGUGACUCGUCCACCCUGCGGAAGCACCGGCGCAGUCACACCGGGGAGAGGCCCUUCACCUGCACUGUGUGUGGGAAGGGAUUCAGUGACUCGUCCACCCUGCGGAAGCACCGGCGAAUUCACACCGGGGAGAGGCCGUUCACCUGCACCGUGUGCGAGAAGGCGUUCACGUGCUCAUCCAACCUGCUGAGGCAUCAAAGCCGUCACACCGAUUAGAGACUGUGGGAGCUCGCUGUAAAAACCUGCGAAUCUGGUGGCCCAUCAGCGCGUUCCCCCGCCGAGGAGAAGCGGCUCUGCUGCUGUUGCUGCGCGAAGAGGCUUAGGUAACCAUUGAAUCUGCUGAGACACCAGCGAGUUCUCACCAGGGAGAGGCCGUUCGCCUGCUCCGAGUGUGGGAAGGGAUUCGCUCAGUUGCCCAGACUGCUGAGGCAUCAGCAAGUUCAGAAGUGAUCACAGGGGCUGGAUUCUGCUGUCGUUGCUGCUGUUAAUCACAUCCAGGACUGGACCAUGUUCAUUCUGACACUUGGGGCCUGUUUCUGCUGAUGUUAAUAGUCUCUGUAACUGGUCCGGAGAUUAAUAUUCUGGAUGUGUUAAAUAAAUCAGAUGUGUUUAAACAA